AAAGUUUCACGCGCUUAAUGAACGACAGAUCCCACGCUGAUUAUGGUUUGGUAUUUCAUUACAUUACACUUUACUCUUCUAAUUUCUUAUUUAUACACAGUUUGAUUCCACUUACAGUUCCAACACGCUCACCAUUAUCACUCUAAACUUUGUUCCAAUGGCGACUCCAAGAUUCGGUUAUGAUGUGUUCCUCAGCUUUAGAGGGGAAGACACGCGAUAUGGUUUUACUGGCAAUCUCUACAAAGCUCUCUGUAACAGAGGAAUUCACACUUUCAUCGAUGAUGAGGAGCUUCAGAGCGGGGAGGAAAUCACACCAGCACUUCAGAAAUCAAUUGAAGAAUCUAGGAUUGCCAUAGUUGUGCUCUCUCAAAACUAUGCUUCUUCCUCCUUCUGCUUGGAUGAACUCGCAACCAUCCAUUACUGCCACACCCAAGGACAGUUGGUUUUACCGGUCUUCUAUAAGGUUCAACCUUCUGAUGUCAGACACCAGAAAGGUGGUUAUGGAGAAGCAUUAACUAAGCAUCAGAGAAGGUUCAAAGAUAAGGAAAAGUUGCAGAAAUGGAAGAUGGCUCUGCGUCAAGUAGCUGAUUUGUCUGGCUAUCAUUUCAAAGACGGUGAUGGAUACGAAUACAAGUUUAUUGAGAGUGUUGUUGACCGGGUCUGCCACAAGAUUAAUCCUGCUCGUUUACAUGUUGCGGAUUACCCUGUUGGACUAGGGCCACAAGUGCUAGAAGUAAGAAAGCUUCUAAACGUUGAAUGUGGUGAUGGAUUCCACAUGAUAGGGAUCCAUGGAAUGGGUGGCGUAGGAAAAACAACCCUUGCUUUAGCAGUUCAUAAUUUGAUUGCUGACCGUUUUGAUGGUUGUUGUUUUCUUCAAAACGUGAGAGAGAAAUCAAAAAAGCAUGGGCUGGAACACCUCCAAAGCAUUCUUCUUUCGAACAUACUUGGGGCGAAGGACAUCAACUUAACAAGUGAGCAUCAAGGAAUUUCAAUGAUACAAAGAAGGAAACCAAAGAAGGUUCUGUUGAUUCUUGAUGACGUUGAUAGGUGUGAGCAGUUACAGGCACUGGUUGGAAGCCCCGAUUGGUUUGGUCCCGGCAGCAGGGUCAUCAUCACAACUCGAGAUAUACAAUUGCUUGCAUCUCAUCAGGUCAAAAGAACGUAUAGUGUCAAGACAUUGAACAAAGAUGAUGCUCUUCAGUUGCUUACAUGGAAAGCUUUCAAAACGGAACAGGUUGAUCCAAGUUACAUGGAGGUGUUGAAUGAUGUAGUAACUUAUGCUUCUGGCCUUCCAUUGGCUUUGGAAGUAAUUGGUUCCAACCUGUUUGAAAAAAGUGUGGAAGAGUGGAAAUCUGCUAUCAAUCAAUAUAAAAGAAUUCCUAACAAUCAAAUCCUAGAGAUUCUUAAAGUAAGCUUCGAUGCUUUGGAGGAAGAAGAGAAGUGUGUUUUUCUUGACAUUGCUUGUUGCUUCCAAGGAUAUGAAUUGACAGAGGUUGAGGUUAUGCUUCGUGCUCUCUACGAUGACUGCAUGAAAUAUCAUAUUGGGGUGCUGGUUCAAAAAUCUCUCAUUAAGAUUUAUUACUCUGGUACAAUUGUAAUGCAUGAUUUAAUUGGGGACAUGGGUAGACAAAUUGACCGGAGAGAAUCAUCGAAAAAGCCAGGAAAGGGCAGGAGAUUAUGGUUACUUAAAGAUAUAAUUCAAGUUUUAAGGGACAACACAGGAACUAGCGAAACUGAAAUCAUAUGCCUGGAUUUGUCUAUAUCUGAGAAAGAAGAAACGCUAGAAUGGAAUGCCAACGCCUUCAGAAGGAUGAAAAACCUUAAAAUACUUAUCAUUCGAAAUGGUAAAUUUUGCAAAGGUCCCAAUUAUUUUCCAGAAAGUUUGAGAAUACUGGAAUGGCAUGGAUACCCUUCAAAUUGUUUACCAUCAAAUUUUCAUUCCAACAAACUCGUGACAUGCAAGUUGCCUAACAGUCCUUUUACGUCAUUUGGGUUCCAUGGUUCAUCAAAGAAGUUCGAGAAUUUAACCGAGUUGAAUUUUGACAAUUGCCAACUUUUAACACGGAUGCCUGACCUAUCUGAUCUCCCAAAUCUGGAGAAACUUUCAUUUGAACGGUGUGAGAGUUUAAUUGCACUUGACGACUCAAUUGGUUUUCUGAAUAAACUUAAAAUAUUGAAAGCUCAACGUUGCACAAAACUUCGGAGAUUUCCACCUCUCAACUUGCCCUCUCUUGAAGUACUUCAUUUUCCAUAUUGUUACAGUCUUGAGAAUUUUCCAGAAAUAUUAGGAAAGAUGGGAAACAUAAGAGAACUUUAUUUGCUUAACCUCGCCAUAAAAGAGUUGCCAGUUUCAUUUCAAAAUCUUACCGGACUCCAUGAGUUAUACGCGGCAUGUGAUUUUCUUCAGUUAAAUAGCAGUGCCUUGAUGUCUUCGUUGACUACCUUUUACGCUUCUCGAUGCAAGGAGUGGAAAUGGAUAAAUUCAAAAGAUGGUGAAGAAGUGGGCUCAACGUUAUCUUCGAAUCUACGUUCGUUUGAUUUUGAGCUUUGUGACCUGAAUGAUGAUAUUUUUUCAGCAGGUUUUACGCAGUUGACCACAGUUACGUAUUUAAACCUAUCGUACACUAAUAUCACAUUCCUUCCUGAGUGCAUCAAAGAAUUUCAGCACCUGGAUGAUCUUGAGGUGAGUUAUUGCAAGUAUCUACAGGAAAUAAGAGGGCUUCCACCAAACUUGAGAGAGUUCAGGGCGAUAGACUGUAGAUCAUUGACUUCCUCGAGUUCAAGCAUGUUGUUAAAUCAGCAACUUCACGAGGCUGGAAAGACUAAAUUUGUGCUUCCAGGAGGAUGUAUUCCCGAGUGGUUGGAGAAAGAAAGCAGGGGACCUUCAAUUUCUUUCUGGUUUCGUAAUCAAUUCCCUCCCAAAGUUUUUUGUUUCCUUAUUGGAUCUGUACGGGAUGAUACCCACUUUUACUUCAUUAGACCCGUGGUGUUAAUCAACGGCAAAGUUCAAGAAUAUAAAGCUGGUUAUCAUACGGAUGUGAUAAUGCCAGAAUUGGAUCAUAUGCAGCUCUUUGAUCUACAUGUGUUACCGUUCCGUUAUAAACUGAUGAAAAUGGCUUCAGAAAAGGAGUGGAAGCAUGUGGAGGUUACAUACGAAGGUUUGUUUGAUACCUCACUCAUCAAAGCAAUGGGAAUCCAUGUAUUCAAAUCCAAAAGAGGAGGCAUGAAGGACAUUAGAUAUGAUGAUCCUUAUACCACCACAAAAGUCUGCCCAUGCAACUUCUUUAUACCUUUUCUUCCUUUCUUUUUUCGCUUUUUGUUUGCUCUCAUUUUAUUUAUUAGUCUCAUGGCCUAUCCAACCUAACUAUGACAACUUUCUUUGGGUUUAUAUUGUAUAAAAUAUGUUUGAAAUCA